UCACUUUUUGAGACAUUUUGGUCAUUUUCGUACGCUGUCAUGAAAAGCAAAGGAGAAAAUUCUUCUAGUCGUGUAAACACUGACAAAAAUCAAUUCGUUUGUAAAACGUUGGAAUAGCUAUGUCUUGGUCAGAGAAUCAUUCCACUGAUCAACAAAACUCUACAAACAACAACAACCCUUUAAGAGAAGGAACAAAAGUUGGUAAUAGAUGUAGUGAUACUACGUCAGUUUCUGUUGUAUCUAGGCCUAGUAAGCGGUCUACUCAUUUGGCUAACAGAAUUCCUGACGAUAUCCUCCUCAAUCCUCAGUUGAACCAAGAUAUGCAGCUGCUUCCCCGCAACUAUAACUUUGAAAUACACAAAACAAUAUGGAGAAUAAGACGUCAAAAUGCCAAGAAAGUUGCUCUGCAAAUGCCAGAAGGGCUUACCCUGUUUGCAACGGUCAUUGCGAACAUCUUAAGAAAAUAUGCCACAGUUCAACCUGUAAUCUUAGGAGAUGUAACUUAUGGAGCGUGUUGUGUGGAUGAUUAUACUGCAGUUAUGUUAGGUUGUGAUUUUCUGAUACACUAUGGGCAUAGUUGUUUGAUUCCUGUACAGGAUUGCAAAAUUCCUAUCAUGUAUGUCUUCGUGAGUAUACGGUUUCAAGUAGACCAUCUUGUAGCUUGUUUGUUGAAGGAAUUUUCACGAGACACUAAAAUUGCACUCGUUGGUACUGUUCAAUUCGUGUCAAGUCUUCCUGAAGCACGUGAAAAGUUGGAAGCUCAAGGUUUUCAAAAUUUGUGUAUUCCUCAGCGCAAGCCCUUGUCUCCAGGAGAAAUACUGGGGUGUACUUCUCCUCAUUUAUCGGAUAUUGAUGCCUUAGUAUACGUAGCAGACGGUCGGUUUCAUUUGGAGUCAAUCAUGAUUUCCAAUCCAUCUGUUCCUGCGUAUCGUCAUGAUCCAUAUUCGAAGAUUCUCACCAGAGAGAGAUAUGAUCAUGAGAGAAUGAAACAAGUUCGAGAGCAAUCCAUUGAGCAAGCGAGAUAUGCACAACGUUGGGGAGUUAUUCUUGGAACAUUGGGAAGACAGGGUUCUCUUAAAAUAUUGAGGCGACUUACUGAUGCUCUCAAGGAUGAAGGAAAGAAGUAUACUGUAGUUUUGAUCAGUGAACUGAGUCCUCAUAGGUUAUCUUUAUUUUAUGAUUCUAUUGAUGUUUGGGUCCAAAUAGCCUGUCCUCGAUUAUCGAUUGACUGGGGUCACGAAUACCAAAAGCCAUUAUUGACUUGUUACGAAGCCUUUGUUGCAUUAGGAAAGUAUCGUUGGCAAUCGAUAUAUCCAAUGGAUUAUUAUGCCAAAGAUGGGAAGGAGUGGUCCAAUUAUUAUGAUGAUUAACGCAGAUAUUCUUCAAGAUUCUUUCAGUUGUUGACUCCAAAAGGAAUAAUGAAAUGCAUCUAAUUCAC